AUGUCUGCUCCUGCUACCGGUCCUUCUGACAACCCUGCCAUGGAGCCGGGUCCCGAGGCGAUGCCUGCUGGUGCCCCUUCCAUGGGCUCUGGCCCCUCUGAUGGUGCUGGUCCUGGGCAGCAGCCCUUUCAUUCCGCCUCGCUCUACGUGGGGGAUCUUGCUCCGGAUGUUAACGAGGGCCUUCUCUUUGAGAUUUUCAAUGCGGUCGGGCCUGUGGCUUCUAUCCGUGUCUGCCGUGAUGCCGUCACUCGCCGUUCCUUGGGAUAUGCUUAUGUGAAUUUCCAUCAGCUCAGCGAUGCCGAACGCGCUUUGGACACCAUGAACUUCACCAUGAUCAAGAGUAAGCCAUGCCGCAUCAUGUGGAGUCAGCGUGAUCCCUCCCUCCGUCGUUCCGGUGUUGGAAACAUUUUUGUCAAGAAUUUACAUGAGUCGAUCGACAACAAGCAACUCUAUGAUACCUUCAGUCUCUUUGGAAAUAUUCUUUCCUGCAAAGUUGUUACCGACAGAGAGUCAGGUUCUUCCAAAGGGUACGGUUAUGUUCACUAUGAGACUGCUGAGGCUGCAACUGCUGCCAUUGAAAAGUUGGAUGGUAUGCUUAUUGAUGGACAGGAAGUCCAGGUGGGACACUUCAUGCGGCGCAAUGAACGACCUGGACAGAAUGAUUGGACCAACUGUUAUGUCAAGAAAAUUCCAUACGAAUGGGAUGAUGCCAGGUUGAAGGAAGAAUUCGCCCAGUUUGGAGAGGUUAUGAGUGCCUCAAUUGCUCGUGGAGUCCGAAAACCUCACAAGAAGCCCACCAAAAAUGGUGAUGGCGAAAAGAAGGAAGAAGACGAACCGAAGGAUGAUGCCGAGGAACAGGACAAGGCUUGGGAGGCGAUGGAGAAAACGGAAAACAAGGAAGGAGACUCAAAGGACCAAUCUCUUGGUUUCGGUUUUGUGAAUUUCCUUGAGCACGAGGCGGCUGUUGCAGCUGUGGAGGCUCUUAAUGGUAAGGAAUAUGACACGAAUCUUGACGGAGAAGACAUCAAGCAGGAGCUCUACGUUGGACGUGCUCAGAAGAAAGCGGAACGUGAGCGUGAACUACGUGCCAAAUUUGAGGCCGAAAAGAUGGAUAGGAUCUCCAAGUUUCAAGGAGUCAAUCUUUACAUCAAGAACUUGGACGACGGCGUCACCGACGAUAUGCUUCGUGACGAAUUCUCGUCCAUGGGAACAAUUACCUCGGCUCGUGUCAUGAAAGAUAUGAAGGAUGGUCGCUCCCGUGGAUUUGGGUUUGUCUGCUUCUCGUCCCCAGAAGAAGCUACCCGCGCUGUCAAUGAAAUGAACGGCAAAAUCGUCGCCAACAAGCCAAUCUUUGUUGCUUUGGCGCAGCGUCGUGAAGUGCGUCGUGCUCAGCUAGAAGCUCAGCACGCCAAUCGUGCUGGCGGUCCUGGGCAGGGAGGAAUGAUGCGCAAUCCCAUGGGGGGCCCGAUGGGAUAUCCUGGUCCUGGCAUGCCCAUGUACAUGCAGAGACCGGGGCCUGGAAGUAUGCAACCUGCCUACCCCAUGAUGCCCCAGAUGAUGGGUGGCCCUGGAGGUCGAGGACAACAGCCUCGUGGUGUUUACCCAAUGAUGGGACAACAAGGUCGAGGCGGAUAUCCCAUGCCUUACGGUGUGAUGGCCCAGAAUCAAGGACGAGGCGGACGUGGAAUGCAGCCAGGACGUGGUGGCAGAGGUGGACGUGGUCCAGGUGGUCCCAUGCAACAGGGCAGAGGACCACAAGGCGGCCAACCCAUCAAGUUCAACCAACAAGCUCGAAAUGCUGGGCCUCAACAGGGCGCCAUGCCCCAAGGUGGGAUGCAGCAGGGCCCCCCACAACCGCCGCCCCAGCAACCGCCAAUGCCACACGAGGGUGCAUUGACAGCAUCAGCGCUAGCUUCUGCAACACCUGAAAUGCAAAAGAAUAUGAUUGGCGAACGUUUGUAUCCACUUAUUCACCAAUCGCAACCUGAGUUGGCAGGCAAGAUCACUGGAAUGCUUCUCGAGAUGGACAAUUCCGAGCUACUUCAUUUAUUGGAGAGUCCAGAGGCUCUCAAUGCGAAGAUUUCGGAGGCACUGCAAGUGCUAGAAGCUCACCAAGCCGAGAACAGGAACCCAGCGUCGUAA